AUGGCAGCAUCGAAUGAUGUUUUGGACGACAUGCUAGCCGAAGCUGCACUUCUUUCAGAGCCAGACCCUGACUCGGCGCAGCCGAGAACAUCAGGGGAACUCACAGAAAUUGAGCAACCGAGAGCAAAACGGGCCCGUACGUCGGGAAAAACGGGGAAAGCUGGCGCUGCCAGUGUAAUAAAACCCGUUCACGCCAUCAGCAGUGAUGUUGUCACCGAGGCUGAAAAUGGCGCCAAAGUCACUCUAGAGGAGCUCAGUCAUAAAGUUACUCAACUCGCUGAGAUAAUCAACUCCUUUGCUCCAGUAGUGAAAGAACUCAAAGGUGCUUAUGAUACUGCGCAACAACAGGACGGCGCUAGUGUUUCUGAAGGGGAAAUCGAGGAUGACCUUCUGAAUGACGAAGCAACUGACUCGCUCCCUGCCAGCCAAAACGGUGCGCUGGUAGACGACCUUGUCCACGAAGUGACUGAAAGUGAACCUACAGACCACGCAUUACCGGAAAAAAUUUCCACCAUCCUUAACAAUAUUUUAGCUUCGGGACUGAACGAGCAGGCAUUAGCCAAACGGAAAGAAAGUGUGAAAAGACCAGAAAACUGCAACCUCUUACGUGUUACUAAAGUGAACCCCGAGAUUUGGGACAUCGCAAGGAAACCAACGCGUAGCAUGGAUGCCAGGCUGCAAAAAUUGCAAGAGGCCUUAAUAAAAGGCCUCAUUCCAAUAUCCCGAUUUGCUGGGAUAGUUGGUGAAUCUUUGGGUAAAGACCCUAAAGUACCUGUGCUACCUCCAGAGGAACUCUGGGAAGGGUUGUCAACCUCUGUCCUCCUUAUUGCAUCAGCCAAUCAUGAUUUGAACAUGUGUCGUAGAGACUUGUUCAAAGCAGACCUUGAUGAAAAUUACAAGGCAAUCUGCAGCAGCAAAGAACCUGUUGCAGCCGAGUUGUUCGGUGAUGAUUUGACUGAACGGCUAAAGACGGUGAAAGAAAGUAAAAAGGCUGCCCAGCAGUUGACAAGCCAGAAGCGGAAACACACAUUUGCUCCUCGCCCAGGCACCUCAAAUACCUCCAAUGCUCAUUUUUUAUUCCAACGACGGGGCGGCCAGUCUCAGGGCCGACCCCGGGGAAAAUUUCAGCACCGGAGACGAACAGACACAUUCAGGACAGGGGGGAAAUCUGUGACACAGAAAUAA